AUGAAUAACAACAGCUCUGAUCGACAACUGAUUUAACAACAUGCGAAAGCAACUUGGUUUUCGCCAUUACUUUGCCAUCGGAAGCGUGGUAACCGCUCUAGUUCUUACGAUUUCUUUUUUGAAUGAGCGUAUACCAACGUCGAGAGGUUUUCUCUCAGAAAACUGGGAGUCUGACGAUGUUCCCUCUAAAAGUUAUAAGCGACAACGAAAGGGUUUGUUAAUCAUAGGAAGAGGUCGAUCAGGCACGAGUUUCCUGUCGAAGAUGUUUGGGAGCGGAAAAAGAAUUUUCGAAGUUUAUGAACCUUUACGAUUUCGCAACCUCACAAACGUUGCAAAGAUAGAAGUCCUGAAAGCAUUUCUCUCCUGCAACUUCGCUUCAAGUCCUCUAUGGCAAAAAGACUAUUUUCCACCUUUCUGGUACUUGAAACAGAAGUAUUAUUUCGUUACUCCAAGUCAACACCUGGCGUGCCUAAAAUACAGAAGUGGAAGUACACGCUGUUUCCCUGCGGAGCAGAUGUUUACAAAAUUUAUCGAUAAGUGCAGAUACAGCUAUGACAGCACUGUGCUUAAGGAGCUUACUGAACGGUUACCAGACACCAGUUUGUCAAGUCUAAUACCGGAAAUUAUUGACCGCUCAUUAAGUACAGAUAUCAGACUACUGCACGUUGUGCGUGAUCCUAGAGGAAGUAUUAACUCGAGGAUUAAACUUAAGUGGAUGCCAGAUUACGAACAUCCACAAUUUAAGGAAAAGGUUCAAGACUACUGUAAUGGGAUUCUCCAAAACAUCGAGUUUGGUUUACAACUUAACGAAUCUCUCCAACAGAGAUAUAAACUUAUCUUCUACAAGGAUAUAGCCACCUGGCCGGUUGAAUCGGCGAGAGAAGUCUUCAAGUUCGCGGGAUUAAGGUUAUCAGACAAAACAUUAAGCUGGAUCGAAAACAGGACAAGUCCAAGUAAAAUGGAUUCGAGAAGGCAGUUUAAGAAUCCGUACUCGCUAGUAAGGGAUUCUAAGGCGAAUAUCGAAAAAUGGCGGAGAGAGUCGCCACCGGAACGAACUAUGAUUAUAGAGAGAAUUUGUAAACCGUUGAUUGAACUUAUGGAGAAAAUCAGUAUCGAAAGAGAAUAUUUUUUGAUAUAGAUAUCUUAAGGAAGCGCAAAAUGGUUUUGUUAUUUUGUUAGAAGAUAUUUCUUACACUUUUAGUACAGUGGUACUUUCUAUAUUCCUUUUCUAUUACACAACUUGCUGCCUUGGGAACUAGCUCAGAUCUGAGUGAGAAUGCUGGUCACCAGCUUAUAAAGGUGACACUUACUAAGCUGUCAAUCUUCAUGCAUCUUCAUCAUUUCUCACUUAGCCAGCGAAUCACGUUAAGUUACGAGAAAUAGUUCCCGCAUGCUAAGUACGUACCUUCGAGAUGUUUACGCUUUGCAAAAUCUUUUUCUACCUUAAAUUUCUUGCUCUUACGGUCAAGGUUGGGCAAAACAAGAACAAGAUUAUGGUAAUAUGAAAAUUAUAAUGAACUUAUUGACAGAAUUAGAAUCAUACUUGAAAAGAUAUCUUAAGAGAAAAUAGCCUUCGAAGACUCUUACAUAACAACAGAAUAAACAGAAAAUUCGGAGAGGAAAGAGCGUACCCAAGGUACCGCCUUUACAAGAAUUAAGUGCUGUUCGUAUAAGUGCUUGAUUAUAAAUUCAGUGCAGAAAAUGAAAAGUGUUAGUUGUUUACACCUUAAGUCACCUUUAAAGAAAGAGGUGUCGGACAAGCUAAAUAAAAUUGUUACAUAGAAACAUCUUUCUCCAUGUCAAAUUCGCGACCGCAAUAAAAAAAGGUGACAAACUCUGCUUGUAAGAUAAGACCGCCAAAGGAUAAGAAGACCGCCAAGAGCAAAUGAUCAACUUGCUUCUUAUAAGUUUUUUUUAAUGAAUGGCUAAUGGUAAUGAAUUAUUUCCAUUCAUUUUCUCGACACCAAUAUGGGGAAAACCUUACAAUGUUUUCAGAUUAGAUAUGUAUAUAUAUAUAUAUUUCUAUCGUUUAACAAUUUUCAACAUUAAUCCAGUGGGUAUUUAAGGAGGCUUUGAACCAAUUUAUCGAUUUCUAAAAAAAACU